CAUCCUAAGUCUUCGGCGUUUCGUCAUUAUUUGUCCGAAUCUGAUCGGCCGACGUGGUCUGAAUCAGUCGUCCGAGCGACCAACCACCGGUCACGCCGUGUCCUGAUCAAAAAGCCGACUCGAAAAGUCGCCGAAUCUUCCACUUGAGUCCUUCUCAAUUCCUAGAAAUCAGAACGUUAUUUUUUUUCUCUGGAAAGAGUUCGACCUCUUUCAAAAUCAUCUCCAGACUUGAAUCAACUUUAAUUCGAGUCGGACGAUAAUUAAUAAUUAACUCCACGAGCAGGUCUGUCAUUUUCAUUUUUCUGUUCGCAAAAGCGGAAUUGAGUGAAAAAAGGGGGCGUGGCCGCUCGUUUCGAUCAGAAUGAGUCUCCAGUGGGCUUUGAUCGCCGGAUUCCUCUACGUUGAGAUCGCCGUCGUCCUGCUGCUCGUCCUGCCCUUGAUUUCCGCCCGAAGAUGGCAAUCCUUCUUCAAGUCGAGGUUUCUGCAAAGCCUCAGCAACCAGGCGCACUUGUACUUCCUCAUCCUGCUGGCCAUCCUGGUCUUGUUCUUCCUCGAUGCUAUUCGUGAGAUGCGCAAGUACUCAGACAAGGAGCACAUGGCCGACCACCAGCACCUGGACGCAGAGAUGCAGUCGACGAUGCGCCUCUUCAGGGCCCAACGCAACUUCUACAUCUCGGGCUUUGCCCUCUUCCUCAGCCUGGUGAUCCGCCGUCUGGUGACCUUGAUCUCGACCCAGGCCAUGCUGGAAGCCAACUCUGAGGCGUCGAUGAAGCAGGCCCAGUCGGCCACCCAGGCGGCCAAGCAGAUGAUGACCUUGCCCAAGGAGGAGGUCCAGGAACUCAACAACCAGAUCAACGAGCUCAGGAAAACUCUAGAAAAGGAGAAGAAGGACAAGGAGGCGGUUCUGAGGCAGAGCGAAAACCUGUCCGAGGAGUAUGACCGUGUCUGCAAGUUGAACACUAGUUUGGAGAAGAAACUGGCCGCCGAGGCCCCCUCCAAGAAGGACGACUGAAAUUCUAAUAAUAUUAGCUCCUGGCGGAUCCAAAUGAUUUCGCUGGAGAUUUUUUUCUUCGUGUUUAUUCGAACCUGGGUUAAAUUAUGCUUUCUAUGGUAAUGUUUAAGGAUUUCAAAUUCCUGCCAUAAUAUUUCUUUGCACUGUUGAAUAAUGUGACUUGCUUUUUAUUAAAAAAAAAUUCAUAAAUUAUUGAAUUUAA